AUGCCCAUCAACCAGCCUAGCAACCAGAUCAAGCUCACCAAUGUCUCCGUGGUGCGCUACAAGCGAUCUGGCAAGCGGUUUGAACUAGCAGCGUACAAGAACAAAGUGCUCGAAUGGCGUGCUGGCACAGAGAAGGAUAUUGACGAAGUCUUGCAAAUCGACAGCAUCUUUGCGAAUGUCUCCAAAGGAGCUGUCGCCUCGAACGAUGACAUCAAGAAGGCAUUUGGUGAGAAGCCCAAGGAAGACAUUAUCCAGGAGAUCCUCAAGAAGGGCGAGUUGCAAGUAGGCGAUAAGGAACGCGGUGCUAUGACUGAAAAUACCUUCAAGGACAUUGUGCAAAUCAUCUGCGACAAGACUGUAGAUCCUACCAGCAAGCGGCCGUACACAGCAGGCAUGAUUGAGAAAGCGCUGCACGAUCUUGGCUUUUCCACAUCAACGAAUAAGCCAGCAAAGAGCCAAGCACUCGAUGCUAUCAAGCAGUUGCAGGCUGCCAAGACCCUACCCAUCACACGCGCUCUCAUGAAGAUUCGCAUUACAUGCACUGCCAAGGAAGGCAAACUAGUCAGGGAGCAGCUACGAGCUCUGUUUGAAUCGCUUGAAGAAGACAGCGUCAGUGCCGAGCUUGAGAUGGUCGGCAGCGUGCAGCCAGGGUCAUUCCGAGCCAUUGGUGAUCUCAUUCGAGAGCAUACGCGCGGCAAGGGUCAGAUUGAAGUUCUCAACUUUAGUCAAAGCACCGAGGGCGACGAGAGCUGGAAUUGA